CUAUUGUGACAUGAGAGGUCGAGAUCCGGCAUUGAACGCUUCUCACACUGCCAUUUGCUCUCUAUACACCUGCUGGAUGAUCUCAUAAAUUGUCCGUUUGAACUUAUUGCAUUUUAUGGCGUUAUGAGCACCUAGAGAGCACCCAUCUUUGAACAUUGCAUUGCUUUUAGGUCCUGCGAGACUCGGUCUCGUGCUCAAUAACAGCUUCACGUCUGGAAGCAAGAUAUAUUGUUGGCAACGCAAUUUUGAUCUAUCACCAGUGGAUAAUGUCCGAAGAUCCGUUGAUGUCCGUGCUGAGUGCGCAACAACAGAAUGAACAAGAGCCUCGACGCCCAAGGCCUUUGCAUAUCUCCCGAUCUUUCUCCCGCCUAGAACCUGCUGGACCAAGUCCAUUGUCACGCACCCGAGCCACUACUCUUCAUGCAGGCACGAUCCCGGAGGUUCUCAGUCCGGAUAAACCGGAUGGAGAUCAUCGACCAGAAAAAGAUGAUAUCUUCGUCGGAGGAGAGUCGAACCAUCAUGCCGCGGUAGAUGAUGACUUGGUUAGCUCUCCGACUGGCUCACAUCUUCCUGGUGACGGAACCGAUCUACCGGUUGAGCUCUUAAGCUUGAGCGAUCGGUUUGUCGAUUCAUUGUCUGCCAAAGUUCAUCCAACACCACCCUCUAUCGAUAGACUUUCAGAGCUGUUCCAAGAAUUCUAUAUACGGGCAUCAGCCACUAUUGCUACACACAUCUCCGCGUUGUCGUCAAUGCGACGAACAGAACACCCGCCUACAACGACAAAAGGAUCAACUCUGUCAAAACUAGGAGGCAAGCAUGCAUCUACGGAAGAGCAAACAAAAUCUCAAGAAGAUCCAAAUGCAUCGCAGCAGAUGCUAACGAGUACGGAAAUCACGGACAAGCGCAAAGCGCGGCGGCGCCUGGAGCAGAAACGAAUCAUCUUAGAAGAGGCUGUGGAACGCAGGGUAUGCGAAAAUAUCUAUGAUAGGAUUUGGCGACAUCGCAGUACUCAGGAUGAGGCCAAUGAUGAAAAGCUCCGAUCUCGAAUAGCAGCUUUAUCGGUCGUUGGGAUCGGGCUGAAUGAUCUUGGUAUUGAAGUUGGCUCAGCAUUCGGUGAGUCGGGCCCGGAAGAAAAGGAGAACAAGAUUCGAGAUGAUCUCGCGCGAGCGAGGGAUGAGCUUGCCAAAAUGAACCAGGAAAAAUAUCCAUUGGGCAAACUGCAUCAUUUGACGGCCGUGCACAAGAGUAUUGUGGAAACAUUGUCAAAAUCCUUCCCUUCGUCGUCUUCCGCCGACGAGAUCAUGCCUACGCUUAUCUAUACAUUGAUCACCUCUCCAGCAGAAGACCUGAGCGUUGUUAGCGAUCUUCACUUCAUUCAACGCUUCCGCUCUUUGAGUAAGAUGGACGGGGAAGCUGCAUACUGUCUGACCAACCUUGAAGCUGCCAUAACGUUUCUUGAGACGGUGGAUUUACCUAGUUUAAGAGCCGAGGAGGCAUAUCGAGUUCCCUCAGAACCACCGGGCCGCCUGUCAACGUCUAAAUUUGAGAAGUCCGAGCGGACCUCCCUAACACAACCAUCACCUUCCCAAUUGCUGCCGCCCGCGACCACCCCCGAAGUCGCAACUCCGGCACCUUCUGGGUCCAGUCGACCUAUGCGGAACUCACCUUUGUCUGAGGGAGCUAGCCGUACUCCUACUCCUCAACGACGACUCAGCAGCCUGCUUCAACCUGGCAGCAACCCAUUCGGAGCAGCAAGUGAUGCUGUCAUUAACACGGCUGACCAAAGCUUCAAAAAUAUCAGCAACACGUUGGAGACGAGCUACAAGUUCCUCUUUGGUCGCCUAAAAGAACAGCAAUUGACUGGAGCCAAUGGGGAGAACAGAUCUGUCUUCAUGCCCAAGACACUCGACGAAGCACGCAAGUUAGUCAGCACUCCCCAGCUACCGGCUGAGGAGGAGGGCAAUUUGAGUGCGGCCAGCUCCUUACUUGAGCAAACUGACGGUCUGCCCGGAGUUGGGUCAUCUACCUUUGACGGAGGAAACGCUUCCUUCCCUGAUAUUCAUAUGGCUAGAGAGAGGAGCAUCGACAGCAGAGGAAGUGGAGGAAGUGGCAAGAAACUGCCCUUCUCGGAGGAGCUAACAGAAUCAAAAGAACGUGGGUUCCCAAAUGCAGGCACUCGUUCCGCCCCGCCGCCCUCUGCUUCAGCAAAUGCAGCAGUAGAAUCAAUGAGAAAUCUUGGGAAUACUUUAAAUCCUUUGAACCGGCUGGCCGGUAUGAGUAUGAUGCGUGGGUUUGGUAGAACUAGUUCCACAACUCCGCCUGUGCUUUCCAGCGCCGCGGAAAAGUCCAAGGAAUUAGGCCAUCAGCCGCCGAAGGGAGUAGCGGAGACAGGUUCAUUGUUUGAGACAGAAAGAGACUCGCCUGCUGCAUCUCCUCUGCCGCAAGCCAGGCCGCUUCCUAAGGUCUCGCCACCGAUUGAACGGUUCAUGGAGGUGAGCAAUCCCGGCGAGCUUAAGAUUGGCGAGAUUUCCGAGCUGCUGAGAGAUUAUCGGCGGCUGGCUGGCGUGCUCAAAGAGUUGGGCGCUGUUUAGUUUCCACAAAUGAUAGGCAUAUGUAAAUUCUCUAAGUACUAGAGUUAGCGGCUCCACUUCCUACCCGCUUGCGCUAUGGUUGCAAUUUUGGGUAAAUAGAAUUGGCGUUUAGGAGAGCAUUUUGACGAAACAUUUUGGAGGCAAAGAAACGCAUUGAUGAGGGCUCUUAAAUUAUGGAUAUCUUUCUAUCCUGUCGGUUGAUCAAGUAGAAAUGUAAUAAGUAUAUAUAUUUCCCAUAAGUUAGAUGCUCCUGGCAAAUAACAUUCUCAAAAUGCAUCUUGGACGAUGGGAUAGCUUAGGUAUAGUUAGAGACUUAUAGGGCGGUUUAAAUUUCUCAGUCCAGGGUAACGUUCUGGUUGACGAUGACGAGGAAGACCAGUGAAUAUUUGUUGUGCCC